AUGUCGGAGAAAAGAGUUGAAGUGGACGGAGAAAUGAUCUGUUGUUCCAUCUGUCUGGAUCUACUGAAGGAUCCGGGGACGAUUCCCUGUGGACACAACUACUGCAUGGACUGUAUUAAAACCCACUGGGAUGGAGAGGAUGGGAGGGGAACCCAGAGCUGUCCUCUGUGCAGGAAGACCUUCACGCCCAGACCCGUCCUGGUGAGAAACAGCAUGUUAGCAGAGUUAGUGGAGGAGAUGAAGAAGACUGGACUCCAAGCUGAUCUCUGCUAUGCUGGACCUGAAGAUGUGACCUGUGAUGUCUGCACUGGGAGGAAGGUGAAAGCUGUCCAGUCCUGUUUGGUCUGUCUGGCCUCUUACUGUGAGAAACAUCUCCAACCUCACUAUGAUGCUCCUGCUUUUCAAAAACACCAGCUGGUGGAUCCCUCCAAGAAGCUCCAGGAGAACAUCUGCUCUCUCCACCAUGAGGUGAUGAAGAUCUUCUGUCGUACCGAUCAGCAGAGUAUCUGUUAUCUGUGUGCAAUGGAUGAACAUAAAGGUCAUGAAACAGUUGCAGCUGCAGCAGAAAGAUGUGAGAAGCAGAAGGAGCUGGAGGUGAGUCUACAACAAAUCCAGCAGAGAAUCCAGGACCGAGAGAAAGACGUGGAGCUGCUUCAGCAGGAGGAGAGGGACGUCAACAAACUCUUCUGGAGACAGAACCCUGGAAAGCUGCUGGACCGGACUCUGUCUCACCAGCCAGCUUGCAGCGCUGCUCUGAUCAGCUGUCUCCAGUGUUCAGGGACAUUUUCAACACCUCACUGGAGACGUGCCACGUUCCAGCUGCUGCAAGACCUCCAGCAUCAUCCCUGUUCCCAAGAGGCCAAGGACCACAGGACCUACCGACCUCAGACCGUCACCCCGACCUCUGUGGUUAGGACUCUGUCAUGA